UUCAGAAGUUUAAACUAAUAAGCAUAACUGUGAAAAUAUGCAAGUUUCGUUAGACCAUUUUGGAGAAAUCUCAACCAAAGAACGUAUAGGAAUGGGGAAUGCACGUAUCUAUUGUGAAUUCCUAUGAAUAAAUCUAGUCCAAAAAUUCAAAUAGGAAAACGCAGCGCUUAAACCUAAAAAACAUAAGUUGUGGAAAAUAAUUAGAAAUUAAAUAUACUCAUUUAAUGCCUUUGGAAAAAGAUAUACAAUACUUUCAGGUAUGGGCAGCCAAAUUAGGUUGCCCACCGGAGGCGAUACCAACAGAAGAAGCGUUAAAAUCGAUUUAUAAAUCACGACAACGCGAUUUGUUUUGUAAUUUAAUCAAACGUGUACGAUCCCAACAAGAUGUGCAGGAAGUGCGGGAGAAUAUACUUAUUAAGAGAUUGGACAAAUUUAAAGAUCAAGUAGUGCCGACUUCUGCUCGAAACUAUUUACCUAAAGAAAUGCAAAUUUUGCUUAAAAUAAAAGAACUCGUUAAGCAUAAGGAGGAUGUUACAAUGCGUUUGGAUGAAUACAGAAAGGAAUAUGAGGCACUGGCCAUUAAUAUAAAAACAAAAAACAUCCAACACAUUGGUUUACAGCAUAAGCAGAGUACAUUAAGAUCGCGUGUGAAUAUAUUAGAUUUUAAAUCAACAGCUUUGGGAAAGCAAAUAAAGCAGGAAGAGAAAAAUAAGCACUUAAUAGCUGCCACAAUGCCAGUCCGUUUGACGGCAAAAAAUGCCAGCGAGGCUGUUGCAAUGGAUGCAGUUAAACAAGCAUUGCGGGAUCUCGAUGAUUUUUACACUUUAUACAUAAAUCAAGCAAACAGUCCAACAAGCAUACAAGAGGCAAAGGAUGCGCUAUGGACUAAAAUGCGUGCAAUCUUUUCGAAUAUACCAAACUAUAUUUUCUUCAAUAUCAUUAUGCGUAUGAAAGAAGAGCAAUUGCAGCAUAUCAUGUCAUUAAUAAGCAAAUCAAGUCAUGAAGAAUCAUCUACUCAUUCUCUCAGCGGUGUGGGCAACAAGGAACCGCUUUCGUCCUUUGAUAUGAAGUUAUUACAAACAAAAGCUGAUCUAAUGGGUAUGGUAGUUAAAUAUCUGUCAGCACGUAAAGAACGUGAAGUGUUGGAGGAACGUUUCGCCGAAGCUUAUGGUCCCUUUGUAGACGAGUUGGAAAAGAAAGUCAAUUUGUUUAAUGCCAACACCAAUGAAAAUAUCAACGAUACCAUUUCAGAUUACCUGGUACAGUAUAAUUAUCGUAAUUUUUCAAAAAGUCAAAAUGACUUCAUCGCCCAGCAAAUCGAACAAUACAAAGUUGAUAUCGAUUAUGGUGCUAGGCAAUUGGAAAAUCACGAGGUCAUACUGGGUUCCAUAAAACAGGUUUAUAGUGACAUUAACACAUCCGUCAAUCGUAUACAAUAUGAAAUGCUACAACUGGGACAAAUCAAAGAGAAAAUACUCUAUUCGAAAAAUAUGCUAAAACGUAUGCUAGACGAUGCACAAACGUCUUCUAUCAUCAGCGGCAGUGCCGGACCAAAUGUUGCAGGGGGCAUAAAAUCCAAUUUCCUACCUACUAAACUAAAAGUCAACAAUAAUAUCUCCACUAUUGGUGGUGAUAGCUUCGAAAUGGGCGGUGGAGAUAUGGUUUUUUGCAGCACUAAGUUAGACUUUGACUCCACCAUUAUGUCACUUAACUCAACAUCAACAAAUAUGGCUGGUACAUUAAGGCGUAGUAUGGGUGGUGCGGAUACCACACUUAUGCCUGCGGCUACCGGCAGUAAUAGCACUGAGGGUCGUUUCAAUUUACCACCAUACUCUAGUGAAUUGUCAUGUUUUGCCGAAAUCUCAUUUGAAAAGUUUAGCUGCAUAACGAAAGAAUGUGCUUACCAUUUGUCACCCAAUCCAUUGAUCGUGGAAUCGCGUGAACUCUCAUCUACAAUGCAAUUGGCGCCCGGCAGUCUACUGACCGCUUCAGGGGCUAUACAGGAAGUGCGUAAUCGCAUUAAGUGGGCGGAUUUAAUUGCCCAGCAUUCGCUUGAUUUGAAAUUGGAUUUAGAUUUGAUUAUUGUUGAUGCCGAAAAUUAUCAACAAAAAAUUAAACAACACCGCGAACAAAUUGAGGAAAUGUUGGAUAAAAUCGAUGUCACCAACAUCAAUACCAAUCGAACGCUACAAAAAUUGUCAAAACUAUACGAGUUCAUACUUUCAAAUCCGCUGCGACACUAUAUACCGCUUGAAAGAAAUUACAACAAUCAAACUUAUGCGGAUUAUGAAGCUGAAUUCUCCAUGUAUUAUCGCAUGGCAACAGUCGGUGCAUCAAUCAAAUGAAGAACUUUUUGUGAAAUGUGAUUUAUAGUUGGUUUUAGUGCUAAUAUUAAAUGUUAAGUUGUAAAUGUAUGUUUGUAUGUGUUAAAAAAUAUAAUUUUGCAAAAAAUGUCAUUCAGUUUCUGGCAG